AAGAAAACAAAAAAACCCUUCUUUCUUGGCAAAUAAUUCGAGCAGCAAUGGGCCGUCUCGACUCCAACCCACCUUCUCAGUCCUCCGAUCAAACCCCACCACAAGGCUAUCCAAACCACCAUGACAACCCACUAUCACCACCACCACCACAAGAAGAAGCUUAUAUGGCUGAUAGCAACCACCAACAAUCCACUAGAUCCUUUAUACCUCAAGUGCCGGAAAAUAUGCCACCACCUGAAAGUUACCCGCCUGAAAAACCAGCAAUAUACCCACCUCAACAGCAACCGACAGCAUACCCACCACAACAGCCGGUGCCGGCAGCCUUUCCACCUCAGCCGGAGCCUGUUGCAUUUCCACCUCAGCAGAAUUACAGCUAUACCACUCAUAAUGCUCAGCCACAAGCGGUGAGCUACCAACCGCAGACCGGGUAUCAAACGCCGAGUUAUAUGGGUCCUCCAAGUGGGAUUGCUGUCGGAAGUCAAUACCUUGCUCCGACUCAGGAAUGGAGGAAUGGUCUUUUCGACUGUGCUGAUGAUCCUGAAAACGCUCUCAUAACGGCAUGUUUCCCAUGCAUCACUUUCGGACAGAUUGCAGAGAUCAUUGACAACGGCCAAACCUCGUGUGCGACGAGCGGACUUAUAUAUGGUCUAAUCGCGGUGUUUCUCGGGUGUCCUUGCAUCAUGUCAUGCGGGUAUCGGACCAAGAUCAGGAACCGCUAUGGCUUGAUGGAGACUCCGGCACCUGACUGGGCGACACAUUGCUUUUGCGAGUGGUGUGCCCUUUGUCAAGAAUACCGAGAACUUAAAGCACAAGGCUUGGACCCUGCAAUAGGGUGGCAAGGAAAUAUGGCGAGAAACCAGCAACAGAUGCAACACUAUCCCACAACCACUCCCCCAAUCAACCAAACCAUGAUGUGAUGGAUUGAUCAAAUAUGAUUUGUAAUUUGAAUAUUAUUCUACCUUUUUUCCACAUUUUUAAUUUAAUGUAAUUUGUUAGUUUCUGAAUAAAUUCAUUCAUACGUAUACA